GUGGGUGUACGAGGGCACAAGAGGCAGGCAAAAUGGGACGGCAUUCUUUUUAGCACAUUGAUUAUUUAUUUCCCAAAGAACCCUAUUCAUCCCACAAAUGCACGCUCAAAGACUUGAGCAACGACCGCCGUCACCCGAACGCACGCACCCAGACUCCUCGCCAACUGCUCAGAUUAGAAGCAACUUGUUUUCUGCUCCUCGAUUUAAUGCGCACAUAAGUGCGUUUGGGUUUUUUGCAGCGAAACCCACGUGGCAGCAGCAGAACACCUUAAGCGCGCAACUUUUCUUUGACGAAUAUCCUCGAAUCAAAAAAAGGCUCGGAGCUGCGUGCAUCUCACCCGUUCGGCUCCAUGCGUUAGCGUUCGUAUCCACAUCCCAACGCGCUUUCAUGAUGGGCUCAGCCACAGUGGAGGGGUUGGCUGUGGCCCUCUGUUCCAUCGGCUGGCUCUGCGACAUCAUCGCUUGCGCCAUUCCCAUGUGGCGGGUCACUGCCUUCAUCGGAAACAACAUCGUGACAGCCCAGGGCAUAUGGGAGGGCCUCUGGAUGAGCUGCGUGUUCCAAAGCACGGGCCAGGUGCAGUGCAAGGUGUACGACUCGGUGCUGGCGCUGGGCCCGGAGCUGCAGGCGGCACGCUCGCUCUCCGUGCUGUCGGCGCUGCUGGCGCUGAUGGCGCUCCCGCUGGGUCUGGCGGGCGCGCCCUGCACGGGCUGCGCGCGGGGCGACGCACGCUCCAAGGCACGCGUCUCGGCGCUGGCGGGGACCCUGGCCGCGCUGGCGGGCGCCCUGCAGCUCGCUCCGCCCAGCUGGACGGCGCACGCGGUCAUCAGGGACUUCCACGACCCGACGAUUCCGGCGUCGCUCAAGAGGGAGUUGGGGCCGUGCGUGUACGCGGCGUGGCUGGGCGCCGGCCUCCUGCUCCUGGGUGGCUCCCUGUUGUGCGGCGGCUCGUGCGGGGCUUGCGGGGCCCACACGGAGAGCACGAGGGGCGCGUGGCGGGACCCUUCGCCUGCCUGGGACCGUCCCCCGCAGCAGCCGCUUGCGGCGCCGCCCGUGCACAGCCACGUUCCCAUGAGCGCCGCCCGCAACUACCUGAAACGCAACUACGUGUGAACACCCGUUGGCGCCCCUGGGGGUGUUGGUCUUAUUGUUAUGUUUUAUUCUAAACUUCUAAAGUAUUUGUGGUUCGAGGGUGAUGUCUCAUUGGAACCGACAUGACCGACUUGGUUAACGUACCUGUCAGGUUAACAUCAGAAUUAGAAUCCUUAUUUAUACGACAGGAGGAAUCCGAUGAGCUACAAAGCUCUUUUUCACAGAUGUCCAGGGCGGGUCGGCAAGUUACAACAGCAAACAAUACAAACACGAUAGGAGUGCAAAGUAGAGAUAGAGGUAAGAAAGUCGACCAACAUCAGUUGGUUGGCCUUAGACUUUCACAAUACUUAAUAAAAUAAGAUAAAAGCAUAUAUAAGAAUGCGUGGAGUUGUCCAACUUUAGAUACGAGAGAGUCGCCCAGAAAGUAAUACCCCGCAUUAAAAAAAAUAUUCCCACUGAAAAACGUUCAAACAUUUGGUGCUGUAAGAUUGAACUAUCCCGAUCCUUUUCUGCACAUAGCCCCGCAACAAUUAGUCAUCAAAAUGGCAUGGCUUAGUAAUGUGCAUCGCAAACAAAGCGAGCUGCAUUUGAGUUCAUAUUCUUUGGCUCUUUCGGUAAGGUCACGUAGAUAGGUUCAAAGAAAAUAACAAAAUAACAAAAAAACUACCACGCUUGUGUUUCGAUCGAAACGUCGUAGUUUUUUGUUAUUUUCUUUGAACCUAUCUACGUGACUUUACCGAAAGAUCCAAAGAAUAUGAAUUCCUGCAGUCACGAAAGCUUUAAGUCAAGAUGCAAUUGAGUUGUUGACCGCAGAGAUCAAGUCAGUGGGCAACAUUCACAAAAAGGCUAAACACCGUCUACGGAGACGAUACCAGGACACAGCAGAAGCCAUGUUGGUCACUGCUGGGUAAAACGGGAAAAGACAUUAGCAGAAGGUCGAGGAACAGCUGAUCUCUCGACACUGUGCUGCUUGCUGAUAACACGAUUCGUCGCGACCGACGCAUCACAACCAGGGUGGUUGCGCUUGUAACCAAUACAUCCGAUGGGUAGGUUUUAUUUUUCUUCAACACAUUUUGGCCAAGAAAAAAAACAAUGGGGCAUUACUUUCUGGGCGACCCACGUGGUUACAGAAGUAACAGAUCCCUACUCAGCAUAGGGUGCAAUCCAUAUGCCCCCCCCCCCCCACCUUAACACCUGUAAAUCAUUCGAAAAGUUAUUGGGAAGACAACACAUCGGGAUGUGAAAGUGCUAAAAUGACACUGCUAACAAACUCACAAGCGACCCGGUUGUUGCACUUCACACCACCACUGGGUUGCAGGCUCUACCAGCCGAGCAGUCUCUCGUUUCCUUAACGUGUCACCGACCAGCCCCGUAGGGAUCUGGAGGGGGAAUCUACCCCCAUGCCCCCUGCUGAAAGUUCAGCCUCCAUUUAAAUUCAGCCCACUUCAACCAUAAGCAGGGGUCGGCAACCUGCAUCUCCGGAGCCACAUACGGCUCUUUAAGGAAUCCUUUGUGACCUCAUUCACGUGCAUUGCGGCUUUUGAAAUACUGUACUGGUUUUUUUUAUCCAAUUCGAAAAAAAUGUCUCUUCUUGUUACUUUGGUGUCCGACCCCUGACCCUAAUAACCACAGCCACCACAGAACCACCACAGCCACCACAGAACCACCAUAGAACCACCAGGCAUGUCAUGAUGUGCCCUAACCACCGCACGUGAUAAGAUACAUUUUCAGGAUUCAGGGCCACUAUUUGAAUCAAGAAUCGUUUAGAUUCCCAAUUGUAUUGUCUGUAAAUUGUUUUUUUUCCCCAUUAGCCUAAAACCUUACAUUUACAUAUAAUUUACAUUUUUAGUAUGGCACUGUAACUAUCUAACAUAUUAAAUGUUUUAUCUGUGUACAUAUGAUCUGAUGAAUUUAUCAUGAGAAAAUAUUUGAAUAUACGAAUCAUCACGCACAUCAUGUAGCACCAUAAUCUUUGCCACUUUCACAACAUCCUCUACUAUCAGCAUCACUACCAGCACCAUCAGCACCACAACCAUCUCCAUCGCCAACCGCAACAUCAUCACCACCAUGCCCAUCAUCACCACAGCUUCCAGUAAAUGUAGAGAGCCUCUACGGGGUUGGGUUAGGUCCUGAGCUUUGGGCAGUGUGUGUGGAGAUGUUCUCUUCCUCGCCUGGUAUACAGGAGGUCGUGAGUUCGAUUCUGUCCCUGGCGACUAUGUUUGGAGUUUUCGUGUUCUCUCUCUCUGCCCGCGGUCGCGUGUUUUUUUCUCCGGGUCCUUUGGGUUUCCCUUCACAUUGAGUAAAUGACGCGCGUUAAGAGUAAAUGGCUGCUGUAUAUUUCCACGUGAUAAGCCCACUUCGUUGAGCUAUAAUUUGUGGCCAGGUCGCUUCUGAAAAAGAGCUAUGGAGCUCAGUGGGCCUUAUCCGGUAAAAUAAAAAAAAUUUAUAAUUUGAGUUUUAAAUUCACAAAUCUCAAUAAGAACGACACGGAUCUGUGGGACCUUUCACACAUUACCCUGAUACACAUUGGCUAGGGAUCGAAAGGGAAUGUAGUGAAGUCAAAUCGAUUUCCUGCUCAAAUGAGUACUGAGGCGGUGCCCUUCUCCCGUUUACAGCCGCGAGCCACAGGUGCAAAUUCCACAUUCCUGUGACACGGAUUAGUCUAUCAAUAGGAUACCCAAUAUUUACUUCCACACAAAGUGGUACUUACUUGAUCAACCCCCGGAAGAAUGAUGGAUGAGGUCAACCCGCAACCAGUGAUUUGAACUCGUAACUUUCCAAUGGCACGUUACUCACACUGCCGCUGAGCCACCUGGCACUAAAGUUACAAACACUGAAAUAUUUGUCUUAAAUGCCUUGGAAGUGUUUUGUUAGUAUAACAUGCUAUUAUGAGUUGGUUUUCUGUUAUUGUUUGCUUACAUUUUUCAUAUAAAGUUACAAUAUACUAACAAA